AUGGUCGGCAGCCGGCAAUCCUCCAUGGACGAAAACGAAUGGGCGCGCCAGAACCGGCAGCGUGGCAGCACAAUGUACCGCCGCGAGAGCAACAUGAGCGAAGCCAGCUUCCUUACCGACGUCGAAAUGGCGCAAGACGAAGUAUUCUCCGGUCCCAUGUCGGAGAGUGUGCCCACCGCCACCUCGGCCUUUUCCCAUCGCCGAAGCCGGGCGGAUUCGAAUGCGAGUUUUGCUUUUUAUGAGGAGGAGAGGGAUUUUGAUAGUACGGAGGAGGUGCCUGAGGAUGCUUUGAUGGACGAGGGCGAGUACGACUUGGAGAAUGGGAGUCUAGCGCCGGAGGAUUUGUUUGACGGGGACGGGGAUGAUGCUAAUGGUGGGGUGGAGAGGGAUGGCGGGGAGGAGAGCGAGAGUUUGGUUGGGGAUGGAGAGAGUGAGGGGAGCAGGAGACCGAGUAUCGGACGGAAGAGGAAGAGCUCGGGGUUCUCGAGGAUGUCUCGUGGUUCACGGGGUUCGAGACGGAGUACGGAUAGUCGACGUUCUGUCGAUGCGCCGUUGUUGAAGAGACAUACUUCGGCGGACUCGGGAGGUAGUGGGUAUGGGAGAGGAGGGGAGAAGGUCAGCCAGAAAAUUUAUAUCCUGACCGAGGAUAUGACGAUUGUGGUUGCCGGAUUCAGUACUUCGUUGUUUGGGUUCGCGGUGUACGUCACGCUUUGCGUGCUUACAGGUGGAUUGGGCUAUUUGUUGCUUAGGUGGCUGCCGAGAUGGUAUGUCAAGAUUGUCGGAAGAGUCACGCCGUUAGGGAAGUGCGAUUGGGUCGUCAUUGAGAAUCAAUGGGGUGAGAUGAUCAUCCAGAACCUCAGCAAACAGGACUUCGGGCACUCGCUCUCCGCCGUCUUCGGCGAUCCAGAAAAGAGCAAGUUUAGAGACUACGACGAAAUGGACGACCCAGUGCUCGACGAGCUCAGGAUCCUGGACUACCGCUACAUCCGCUUCUGCUACCACCCGGUCAAAGACAAGUUCGUCCUAGGCAAUACCUGGCAAGAUCCAGCCUGGACGGACAUGGCCGCCGUACGCGAAGGCAUCGAUACAGACGAAGCCGAGAACCGUGAAAAGAUCUUUGGCAAGAAUGCUAUCGAUAUCGAACAGAGAACUACUGGUCAACUCCUCAUGGAUGAAGCUUUUCACCCCUUUUACGUUUUCCAGAUCGCUAGUUUGGUCCUCUGGUCACUGGAUGAGUACUACUACUAUGCUGCUUGCAUCUUCGUCAUUUCCGCCAUGAGUAUCACAACCACUCUGAUCGAAACAAAACAGACUAUGAAACGUCUUCGCGAAAUUUCCCGCUUCGAAUGUGAUAUUCGAGUCUUCCGCGGUGGAUUCUGGCGGUACGUCGAGUCCUCUGAACUAGUUCCGGGCGAUGUUUACGAGGUCACGGAUCCGAAUCUCGGGCAGUUCCCUUGCGAUAGUCUGUUGCUUUCUGGUGAUUGUAUCGUCAAUGAAUCUAUGCUUACUGGAGAAUCGGUACCGGUCUCCAAGACGGCUUCGAGCGAUGAGACGCUGGAGUUGUUGAACUUGAGCGCUUCGGCUAUUCAUCCUGAGGUGGCUAAGCAUAUGCUCUUUUCGGGGACGAAGAUCAUCCGCGCCAGACGGCCGCAGGAUGAUAAGAGUGAUGAGGCUGCUGCUUUGGCGCUGGUGGUGCGAACAGGGUUUAAUACGACUAAGGGCGCACUGGUGCGGUCGAUGUUGUUUCCUAAGCCAUCUGGCUUCAAGUUCUAUCGGGAUUCGUUCAGGUAUAUCUCCGUCAUGGGUGGGAUUGCAGGCAUUGGUUUCCUGGCCACGCUGGUCAACUUCAUUCGGCUGGGGAUUCAUCCGGGAUUGAUUAUUGUGAGGGCGUUGGAUCUCAUUACCAUUGUCGUUCCGCCUGCGCUCCCAGCUACACUGACUAUUGGAACAAAUUUCGCUCUGCAGAGACUGAAGUCGAAGUUGAUCUUCUGCAUUAGUCCACAGCGCGUCAAUGUCGGAGGCAAAAUCGACGUCAUGUGCUUUGACAAAACUGGCACGCUUACGGAAGAUGGUCUGGAUGUUCUUGGUGUUCGGGUCGUUUCGAGGCCGCUGAAUAGAUUCAGCGAUAUCCUGUCUGACUCUACUGCUCUCCUCCCUGGAGGCCAGUACGAAAGGGAUCCGACGAUUGAUUACAAUGCCAACAAGGCUAUCCUGUAUACAAUGGCUACAUGUCACAGCCUCCGUAUCGUAGACGACGAAUUCAUCGGCGAUCCGCUGGAUCUGAAGAUGUUCGAGUAUACGCGCUGGCAGUACGAGGAAGGAUCCGAGAGGCCUUCGGCUGGUGCGGAGGAUGACGAGGAUAAAUCUCUCACGCCUUCGGUUGCGCGCCCGCCCCCGGGAAUGGAAUUCGACAUUGAUGAGGAGGAGGACUCACCUAAUCGCGGUCGACCUAUCGAACUCGGGGUGCUAAAGCAGUUCGAGUUUGUUUCGCAGUUGAGGCGCGCGAGUGUGGUGGUCAGGCAGUUUGGGGACAAGAGCGGAGAUGUUUACGUCAAAGGUGCGCCGGAGGCUAUGAAGGAUAUUUGUCGACCGGACAGCUUCCCGCCGGAUUACGAUGAGCUGCUGGCUUAUUACACGCAUCGGGGCUUUCGGGUGAUUGCGUGUGCAACGAAGCAUAUUUUCAAGCUGAAUUGGUUGAAGGUGCAGAAGAUGAAGCGGGAGGAGGCGGAGUCGAAUCUUGAGUUUGUGGGCUUCAUUAUCUUUGAGAACAAGCUUAAGGAGCGCACGACGGAGAUUAUUGAGGAGUUGGUUGAGGCUAAUAUUCGUACGGUCAUGUGCACGGGCGACAAUAUCCUUACCGCUAUCAGUGUGGCAAGGGAGUGCGGCGUCGUUGACCGCACGGCCCAUUGUUUCGUCCCGCAUUUCGUCGAAGGGGACGCACAUACGCCACUCUCGAAACUCGCCUGGGAAAGCGUAGACAACCCGGUCUACACCCUCGACGAGUCCACUCUCAAACCUCUUCCGCCUCCCGCCGAACACGACUCCUCUCUUCCCUACGAUGUCUCGAACCUCCGGAAUUACAGCGUGGCUGUGUCGGGAGACGUCUUCCGCUGGCUCGUGGACUUCGCCUCCCCUAAAGUCCUGCGCGAAAUGCUCGUCGUCGGCCAGGUCUUCGCCCGUAUGUCGCCCGAUGAGAAACAUGAGCUCGUGGAGAAAUUGCAGAGUCUGGACUACUGCGCCGGAUUCUGCGGCGAUGGAGCGAACGAUUGCGGAGCCCUCAAAGCCGCGGACGUGGGGAUCUCGUUAUCGGAGGCGGAGGCUUCGGUCGCGGCGCCUUUUACUAGUCGGGUCUUUGAUAUCUCUUGUGUUCCCGAGGUCAUAAGAGAGGGGAGAGCGGCGCUCGUGACGAGUUUCUCUUGCUUCAAGUACAUGAGUCUGUACUCGGCGAUUCAAUUCACGAGUGUCAGCUUCUUGUACGCUUCGGCGAGCAAUCUGGGGGAUUUUCAGUUCUUGUACAUUGAUUUGCUGCUGAUCUUGCCGAUUGCCAUCUUCAUGGGCUGGAGCGGGCCUUAUCCGGAGUUGGCGAAGAAACGACCUACGGCUUCUUUGGUGAGCAGGAAGGUCCUUACGCCGCUUCUAGGCCAGAUCGCUCUGUGCGUGAUUACACAACUUAUUGGCUGGAUUGUGGUCAGACAGCAGCCGUGGUAUCAGCCCCCGGUUCUGGAUAAGGGACAUUCGAACUCCUUAAACUCGGAGAACACGACGCUCUUUCUGCUGAGCUGCUACCAGUACAUCCUCUCCGCCGUCGUCCUCUCGGUUGGAAAGCCGUUCCGGCAGAGUAUGGCGGAGAACCUGCCGUUUGUCAUUACGUUGUUGGUGGCUUUGGCGGUAACGUCGUAUAUGCUUUUUGAUCCGGCGCCUUGGCUUACGGAUCUGAUGGAGUUGACGUGGAUGUCGCAAGGCUUCCGAGUCUUCGUGUUGGUGCUGGGUGGCGGGGCUUUUGUCGUCAGUUAUGCUUGCGAGCGAAACGUGUUCCCUGUGCUAGCACGAUGGAUUGGCAAGGCGAGGAGGGGUAGUAAGGUUAGGAAGCAGUAUAAGGUUGUUAGGGAGGAUAUGAGGAUAUAG